AUGACGGUCAUGGCUGCAAGCAGUACUAAUAUACUGAGUUCUGCUCCAGAAGUUGGUAGCUGGGCGGAGGCAGUGGAACAAGACAAUCUGCCGAGCAAUGAUGUGAACGAGGAUGGCGUGAAAACGGUCGUCGCCUACAUUGAGGAGGAUGGAUCGCGGUAUAAGGUUUCCACAACAUACGUUGCGGAAGAGGUGGAGAUGCAGUUCACUAGAAACCGCGCUGGCGAACAGAUUCUGGACGUCCAGGAAGAUAAGCAAGCGGCUAAAGUCACGAGCAGAGAACACUGUCGUCAUUGCAAAGGAAAUGAUCACUGGAGUACAAACUGUCCAUAUAAGGAGAUGUACCAAGUCGAUGAAGAGAUUGAUGCCGCCGAAACUGCCGAGAAGGAGCGCGCAGCAGCUGCUGCUGGCGGUCGGUAUAUCGCUCCGGGAAUGCGUGGAGAUGCCCGACAAGUAGAUAGACGGUCCGAUGAGAAUACCUGUAGAGUGACGAACCUUCCUCAAGAAAUGGAAGAAGCUGAACUUCGAGAACUGUUCGCUGCCAUUGGAAGAGUGGUGCGUGUGUUUAUCGCCAGAGAUAAGAUUACUAAUCAACCCAAAGGAUUCGCUUUUGUUACGUACGAAAUGCGAGAGGAUGCCGAACGAGCUAUAGCGAAAUUAAAUGGCAUACGAAAACAUCAUAUGGUCCUGAAGGUUG